ACUACACCAAACAAACACUGCACCUUACUAGAGCUGUAGUGUAUGUCUAAUUCUUAUACUUUCAAGAUUCUUCCUUUGCUCUUCUUCUUUAAGUUUUCCAUAAUUGGGUUUCUCUAAAGACUUCAUUUUUAGUUUAAAACUACUUUUUUUUUUUUUGGGUUUUAUGUAUGAAGUGUUAGAGGAAGAUUAUGGUGUGUAGGGCUUAAUGGAGUCAAAGAUAUGCAUGAAUGGAUUAUGUGGGGCAAAUUCUUCAAUUGAAUGGAAAAAAGGUUGGCCUUUGCGAUCUGGUGAAUUUGCUAGCCUUUGUGAUAAGUGCGGGACUGCUUAUGAGCAACUAGUCUUCUGUGAUUUAUUCCACUCGGAGGACACUGGUUGGAGGGAGUGUAUUUCAUGUGGCAAGCGUCUUCAUUGCGGAUGCAUUGCUUCUAGCUCUUUGCUGGAGUUGCUCGAUAGUGGGGGCAUUAAUUGUGUCAGCUGUGCGAGGAGUAGUCAACGACAUGCUACACCAAAUCAUGAGAAGCCCAAAGCUUUUGGAAAUUCUAUCUCAAACAGUGUUGGUGAAACGCCUUCAACUUCUUUGGGAAGUCAGAUGAAUGGUUCUGAACCUAAUAAAAGAGAGGGUAUUGAUAGUAUUGAUCCAGCACUUCUUCUCCCACACCAGAAUGACAUCGCAAAUAGGCCUAUAAGCCAAAUAAAAAUGGAAGAAGCCUUCCAUCCUGCUGGAGAUUCUGGAAGCACAUUUUCGUCAAAUUACAAAGGAGUUAAAGAUAUUCAUGGAUCACCAGUACAGACAAACUUAAGUAUAGCUCUGUCUGCACCUUCACCGAACACAAAACUCUUUCCCACUACAAUGGAUGAGGGGGACUUGAACAAGACGAUUUCUUCCUUGCAACAAGGGUCUAGGUCUCGUAAUCUCUUGCCCAAACCCCCAAAAUCUACUUCUGCUUUGGGACCAGAGACAACUGCUGGCAUAAUUUCACAGAUUCGUGUUGCCAGGCCACCUGUUGAAGGUCGAAUUAAGAAUCAGCUGCUUCCACGUUAUUGGCCGAGGAUAACAGAUCAGGAGUUGCAGCAAAUAUCUGGAGACUCAAAUUCCACCAUCAUACCAUUAUUUGAGAAGGUUCUGAGUGCAAGUGAUGCAGGUCGAAUUGGCCGUUUGGUACUUCCUAAAGCAUGUGCUGAAGCAUAUUUCCCACCAAUUUCUCAACCAGAAGGACUUCCUCUGCGGAUUCAGGAUGUGAAGGGCAAAGAAUGGGUAUUCCAGUUCAGAUUUUGGCCAAACAACAACAGCAGAAUGUAUGUUCUUGAGGGUGUGACCCCUUGUAUACAAUCAAUGCAAUUACAAGCUGGAGAUACAGUAACUUUCAGCCGCAUGGAUCCAGAAGGAAAGCUUUUAAUGGGGUUUCGUAAAGCGUCAACUGUUAAUUCAACUCAGGAAAAUCGUCUAUCAGCCAUGUCCAAGAGUGUUUUCUCCACUGAGCCCACCUCCUUCUCUGCAAUGCCUGAGAAUCUACCUCUAAUGAGUGGUUACUCUGGCCUUCUUCAGUCAUUUAAAGGAAGCAGGGAAUCUUCCGUAAAUUUGUCUUCGAAACAUUUCAAUAGUGGCGAUUUUAGCUGGUACUUAACUGAGAAGAAUGGAGGCAGGAAUGCAGAUGGUGCCUUAUCCCCUUCAAUGCCUGUUUCAGAGCGUAAAAGAAGUCGUAAUAUUGGAUCAAAAAGUAAGAGACUGCUCAUUGAUGCCCAUGAUGCUUUGGAGCUCAAACUUUCAUGGGAAGAGUUACAGGAUAUGCUCCGACCACCAAUGAGUGUCCAGCCAACCACUGUUACAAUUGAGGACCAAGAAUUUGAAGAAUAUGAACAACCACCUGUUCUUGGGAAGAGGAGCAUUUUUACUGUCCGCUUAUCCGGGGAGCAGGAGCAAUGGGCUCAAUGUGAUAAUUGUUUUAAGUGGCGAAGGUUGCCAACUGAUUAUCUUCUACCUCCUCGGUGGACAUGUCAAGACAAUAUUUCAGAUCAUAGCAGGUGCUCUUGUUCUGUCCCAGAUGAUCUAACGCCCAGAGAGCUCGAAAAUCUUCUCAAAAUGGACAAGGAUUUAAAGAAACAGAGAAGUGCUGCAAGCCAAAGGCAGGCUCAUGAUUCUUCUGAUUUAGAUUCUCAAGCAAAUGGGAUAAGUAUUGCUGGUGAUGUAAGAGAGCCGGGUCCUGCAUCAGUUGCAACAACAACAAAACACCCAAGGCAUCGACCUGGCUGUUCUUGCAUUGUGUGCAUCCAGCCUCCCAGCGGGAAGGGCAAACAUAAUCCGACAUGUACAUGCAAUGUCUGCAUGACAGUCAAACGCCGUUUCAAGACACUUAUGAUGCGUAAAAAGAAGCGUCAAUCAGAACGUGAAGCGGAACUCAGCCAACAGAGGAAUCAACUUAUGUGGAGCUCCAAGGAAGAUACUGAAGUGGACAGCUUGGUGAAACCAGAAGUUGAACCUUCAGAGAGAGAAAGAUCAGGAAGCGAGACACUGGCGAGGGGCCAUAGCAGCGGCAAUCAAUUGCAGAAGCUUCCGGAAAUAAGUAAGUCGCAAUUAGACUUAAACUGUCAACCAAAUCGUGAAGAUACAGGUUCAUCUCAUAUUAGCAUGAUGUCUCUUCUUCAGCAAGCUUGUCUGCCGCUAGAGACAUAUCUGAGGCAGAAUGGUCUAACAAGCUUGGUUUCUGAGCAACAAGAGAGCUCAGGGUCCCAAGGGUUGCCCCAAGACAACACCAGAGAGAGUGACCUAUGUGUCCACGAGGAUCAAUGCCUUGCUUCUACUGCUCAAGAGCAAGAAAAGGAUGCUGCAAAGGAAAACUCUGAACCAGAUCAAAUUGGAAAAGACCAUAUUCAUGAAACAUGAAAUCUGUUAGCUUGCUAUUGCUCCUUUCCUAUGUUGCUCGGGCUCUUAAAAAAUGUUGAUAGGUGCGUGUUGGAUCCUCCAAAAGUAGUGCAGUUUUGGAGAAUCCAACACGGGUGUUGCGGCAUUUUUGGGGAGUUUGAGCAAUAUAGCUCCUUUCUAUUCUUUUUUCUUGAUGGACCAACAAUAUAGGAGAUUUCCACUUAUCCCCAUAUCCCUCCACCUUGUUGAUAUCUUGUGGAGUAGUUAUUAGGAGUAUGUCAAGUAAUUGGAUAUUAAAAUAUUUGUGUUUAUAGGCUGUACUACGUGUGUCCUGAAAAAUGUAUUUAGAUGCUUUUCCUCAUGAGUUUAAAUGUCAUAUAAUUUACAGUA